AUGACGAACGAGUGGUUCGACCCUGGAGCGAACAAGAAAAAGGGGGAUGUGCGCCCCGCAGAUGUUCCGGCUAGUCGGGCAACAGGACCUGCUGUGAAGCUACCCAAGCAUCCGCAGUUCAACAAAGAUGGAGGGCAAUCGACCACGGUCAAUUCUUCGCCACCACCCUCCGCUUCUUCGAAGGCGGACACCCAGCGCACGCUGGCGAUUCGGGAACUGGACCACAUAUUGAGUGGUGCUCAUGAGGAAGUAGCAGAACCUGCACCGAUUGAAUCGGGGGUCGAUUCGGCGCUGCCUUCGACGAAUUUAAAAGAGGCGACCCUUAGGGCCGUUCGAUCGCAAGUAGCAACCGCACAAAAAACGGUCGAGGAACUUAAUUUAGCAGCCGAAGAGAAGAAGCGCGCGGCAGACACCACGAAAUCAUGCUACUUUGCGGCUCACGCUCAGGCACUCGAAGUGGCUAUUGCUACUGAGAAAACAAGUAAUAGAGAACCUACUUCUCCUGAAGAAGGCAGUGAGAAAUUGCUGAGGAUGGAGUACGAAUACCGCACCGCAGGUGCGACGGCGAACCGAGCGAAUGCGGAUGCAACGAUAGCAGCGAAAACCCUCGAAACACUGACACGUCGGUUGGCAAAUAUUACACCGAAACCGAAGCUGUGCCCAAGAUACGGCCCCACAAGGGGAUACACCACCUCGCGAGAUGCCUACGGAGCUUGCAGAAAGAAGUAG